AUGGCGAGCACGUCCAACAUCGACCCGGAGACGAUAUACACCAGACAAGCAUGCAUAGGAGGGGGGAGCUUCGGACAGGUCUACAAGGGUGUCGAUAAGCGCACGGGUCAGUCGGUUGCCAUCAAAGUUAUUGACGUGGAGAAUGCCGACGACGAAGUGGACGACAUCAUCCAGGAGAUAUCCAUACUCUCUGGUCUCAAUUCACCCUACGUUACCAAGUAUUAUGGCUCAUAUCUCAAAGGCUCAGAUUUAUGGAUCACCAUGGAGUACUGCUCAGGAGGGAGUUGUGGGGAUCUGCUGAAGCCUGGUUUAAUCCCAGAGGAUUAUAUCUGCAUCAUCGUGCGCGAGCUGCUCAUGGGCCUCGAAUAUCUUCACAACGACGGGAAGCUUCACAGGGAUAUCAAAGCGGCCAAUAUACUGUUGGGUGCCAAUGGGCAGGUCAAGCUGGCAGACUUUGGAGUCUCAGGACAGCUCACGGCAACCAUGACAAAGAAGAACACAUUUGUCGGGACACCGUUUUGGAUGGCGCCGGAAGUGAUCAAACAAUCCGGAUACGAUCACAAAGCCGACAUAUGGUCUUUGGGAAUCACUGCGCUGGAAUUGGCCCUUGGAGAGCCGCCAUACAGCGACAUUCAUCCCAUGAAAGUGCUGUUCUUGAUUCCCAAAAACCCUGCUCCGGUUCUAGAGGGAAAUUUCAGCAAGGACUUCAAAGAUUUCGUGCACAAGUGCUUACGGAAAGAGCCUCGCGAAAGACCGAGCGCGCGUGAACUCCUCAAGCAUCCGUGGGUACGAAAGGCAAAGCGAACAGCCUAUUUGACCGAGUUGAUCGAGAGACAUGAGCGAUGGCAAGCGUCACAUGCCGAGGAGCACGAUGCUGGCCAUGACAAUUCACACGAAAGACGUGCAGAUUCACCAAAUCGAGACGGCGAGGACGAAGAUCUUUGGGACUUCGGCACAGUCCGACCGGCAGGUCGGCGCGCAAACAAUGGAAUGGGCGAACUUCGCGCGUUGAACGACUCUGGUAUGAAUGCCAGGAGUUCUCAGAUGCCCGCGUCGGCGAUCAAGAGCAACGAUUCCAACAAGGAGAAUGACCACAGUUCAGGGAGUGUUUCACCUGACAAGGGUACUAUCCGUGGAUCGAUGAUGCCACCGCCACCCAAAAUACCCUCACCCACCAAAAAGUCAGCACCACUUCUGCCAUCUGCUGUUGCGGCCAAUGUACCUCUCCCAAUAUCACCAGUUCGGAAGCCAGUCCAGGCAAUAGCGACUCCAUCUACACCUCCGACCUCCAAACAAAUACAGCGCCAAAGCCUUGCAGUCUCCAAUAACUCUCCAAACCCGCCAUCGACGCCACAGGAUGCACGCUUCUUGAACGAUGACUUCCUGCAACAGUCCAUAGCUAGCGACAUGUCUCGUUAUAUGAAAGGAUUGGCUCUCGACGAUGGUCCACGCAUCGAAGUUCCAAAGCUGCAACCAAUGUCAUCGCAGCCGGCUGCCACGAUCCUGCCACCGCCUCCAAACCCAUCGACCGCCGUCCCUUCACCUCCUUUAUCACAAGCAACAGGAUCUCUACAACCACAGACUCUGCCGCAGAGGCCGCGCGAGCCCGAAGCACAGCAGAUUACUGCACUCAAUUCCGUCAUUAUUCCCGCCUUGGAAGCCGCGCUCCACCGAAGAAGCUACCAACUUGCACUACUACAAAAGCAGCAGCAGCAGCAAGCUCAGCUAGCCAGCGGCGCCAGCGGCGCCAAGCUCCUGCUGAAGCGACAGACGCACGAGCAGAUUCGAAAAUGUAUGAGCAAAGUAGUACGACUGUUCAAGGAGAUCGAUCAUUGGGACACACAGUCACCUGUCGGCAUGGGCGACGGCGUCAGUGGGUUACUGGAGGGGUUCCUCGAGGAGGUGUUGUGUCGGGUUGAGGCAGAGGAUGCUUGA